AUGAGCGAUAGUGCCGACUUUGAGGAAGGUGAAGUUGGCGAUUUUAGUGAUUUUGAGGAUGGAAGUCUAGUCGAUAAUAGUGCACAAUCACCCAUAGAUGUUGGGAGUUGUACUAGCGAGCAGAUCGUAGCGUCGAGUCGGUGCGGUGUUUCGGUAGAUAAGCAAUCACAAGGUGCGAUUGGGGGUGUGGGAUGCUAUGGAUUAAAUCAUGGGCAUAAAGAAAGGGAGGAGAAUCCCCCUUCGUUGCGCUACUUGCUCUCUGAUGAGGAAGCUGGCCGUCACCGUAAGAUGCCUUGCCAGAAACGGAAAAAGAAGAAACGCGACUGGGGUCAAAGUAACUCUCGGGAUCGGCUUCCAGCCAUGCGACAGGGUAGAGUCCGCUGCCGAUUUUAUCUGGAAGGUCGCUGCAACAAGAUCUGUAAUCCACGUGCUACGGAAAAUGGAGGUUCCGGUCGGGAGGCCGGUGCUACGUAUGCACAAUCGCAAAUACAAAUUCCACAGGAUGCGCCGGCAGAGCCGUACGGCGAUGUAGAUUAUCGGCGCAUGGUUAAUCCAUGCCCACCUGGUGUCGGACCACAAGCAUAUAUUCCCUGUGGGUUUCAACCCUCCACUCCGUCAGCUCUUCGUAGACCCCCAUUCGACCCUCAGCCGCACCACAUCCGCCAUCCCCGAGUGGACGAGAGUCUUCCUUUUCCACCUCAACCAGGUUGCAACGGGGCGUCAUCCUUGCGAGCUCCCCUUGUUCCACCUUGCCGCUUUCCAAUGGGCGGACUCUGUAUGCCACCACACCGACCCCCAAUAUCUGAUGUGGUCCGACAUCGCCCUGGGCGUCAUCCGUCCCAGAAGUCGCGACCAUCUUUUAAUGAGGACAGUAAGCAGCAGGAAAUCCGGGAGACCCCGUUCAAUGGAGAUUCUAUUUCCUUCCAGGAAAAUGCUGCUCUCGCGGACUUCAAACAAGGCCAAUCAAUGAAUGACCUUUCUUCUCCUAAACAGUCGCCCAAAAAAGUUCAGGAGGAGAUGCUUCCGAGCAUGAUGGUUGAUGAGGGUAAUAUUAUCUACGUGAAUAAGAACGCGAAUGACAUGCCAGUCUCGGAUUUUCCAGCGAGUUCGAAGUGGCAACUCCAGCCACUCGAUUUAGACGAAUGUCCCGCACUUCCGCAGUCUGUCUCUGCCCUUGCUAGUUCCGCUGAUCCACGACUGAAAGUUGCCUACCGGUUACCUGCAUUGACUCCGGCCAAGGAAUUUCUUUCCUCAGCCUCACCUGCCUUCGUCGAAGAUAAUCAAUUGAUGACAGUGCUUGCUCCCCCACCAACAAAGUCGGCAUUCAAACGACGCGCAAAACUUCAGCUCAACGAGAUGGCGAAUACAUUUGCUAUUACCGGAACGCCGGCGCAACAGCAAUCUCCAGUCGCCCCCUCCGUUUUGGACCCAAGGCUAAUAAAACGGCGAAAAGUGGAGACCGCCACAGCUUCCACACCGACGGUUGUGGAGCGCAAACAGUCGCAAUCAUCCACAUCGAUGCAGAUCGUGUCUCCACCAGAGUGA